AUGCAAGCUCUCAAGAAAGUUGGAAAAGUCGUCGUCGGUGGAUGCGCCCUCUAUACAUUUUUCGAUAAAGUCGGUCAUCCGGCUGUCGUUAUCGGAAAUUCGAUGCAACCAACACUGGAAGGAGGCGACGCUCGUUGGUGGAAACGAGAUUUCGUGUGGUUGUCGGCGAGAGAUCUCUAUCAUUGCUCACCCGGAACCAUUCUCGUUUUCACUUCGCCCCGUGACAAAGACACUCAACACAUCAAACGUGUGACGGCAGUCGAAGGAGAGAUCAGAAGUCCGACGUAUCAUCCGGAAUGGAAAACGAAAGUGGUGAAAGGACACUAUUGGAUGGAAGGAGACAAUCCGGAGCAUCGAAACGACUCGAAUCUCUACGGACCGGUUUCCUGUUCUCUGGUCUCCGGACGCGCCACCCACAUCAUCUGGCCACCGAACCGUUGGCGGCGACUCUAA